AAGCGAAUAGUGUUCCAAAUUGGCGGAAGAAAAAUUUGUUCUGUAAAUGUUUAUCUUGUAGUGGUAUACAAUAUAUUUUUAUCAGUUUGAUUUGUUGUGUAUCACAUACACUUAUUGGUGGUACAUAUAUUGUUUGUAACUUCGUAAAUGCUUUGAACUACAAAGACAUUUUACUCGGUACAUGUCGAUGGGCCUUAUUGAUGAUGAACUUCAAGAAGUCAAUAAACUCUGUCAACAUGUCAUUACAGGCAGCAAACUUGUCUCUUGUGUCCAAACUAUGGUCCGAGUUGAAAUAAGGCGUACAGCAUUUAAGCAUAUUGUAGCUUGCAUUCAGUUUCCUAGUGAUUAUCCUCGUUCGCCUCUUCUUAUUGAACUGAAGAGUAAAACUUUAUCGGAUAAGCUGCUUGAUGGCUUGACUAAUGUUUGUGAGCAAGAAGCUAAGAAGAUUCUAGGUAAACCACAGGUCCUUACAGUUCUUAAAUUCAUUCGUAAUUUUAUUGAUGAGAAUCCUUUAUCUUGCUGCUAUAAUGAGAUUUCUGCCAUAAAAAAGGAUCUUUCUGAGGCAGAUGAAUUGAAAUUAAAACAGAAAAGAUCAUCUCUGAGUUUGAAGAUAUCACAAGGAGGAUAUUACUUUAGGACUAGGAUUCUUGUGCCUGAUAUAUAUCCAGAACAUUCAAUCAGUCUGGAAGAUGUCGAAACAAAUUUUCCUCCACUCUUUCAACGUUACUUUGUCGGACAAAGUAAAGAGAUUGCGAGGCAAUGCAUUGAGGCUCCAGCUAAACCUAGAAAAAAGAAUGAGGCCCCAUUCAGGCCUUCACCAUCAUUACAACCUGUUGUGUCGUUCCUCGUUGCAUCGGUUAAGCAGAUUCCACAAGAGAGUUGUCAGCUUUGUAACAAGAAGUGCCUACCACAGGACCCAGAGUUGGCUGAAACAAAUGAGAAUGGGGAGAGCCACGUGGAACGUGUUUACUGCAGCCAUUUGUUUCAUCUCCAGUGCCUCAUUACCUACAUGAAGACUCCUCCUUUUCAUGGCGGUAAGAAGUGUCCCAAGUGUGGGCAACGAAUUUAUCAUGACAAGUGGCGUGUGAGUGAGAAGGUCGCAGAAAAUCGAUGGGGUCAUCAGCAGGCCAGGGAGCGCGAACUGAGGGAAGUGACCGAGUUCCUCGAAUAGAGAGCAGCAUUGUCUCAUUGCUUACAGAACAAAGUACGAGUGAUCCUCAAUUGUAGAUAACAUCGUCAUAUGGGAACAGUACUUUUUAUAAAGGUAACUUAAGUCAAAUGUGUGUUUUAUUAUUUUCAGAAAAGAAAUGUCAUAUUUGUCUAAUUUCUGUGUAUGAAUUUUUAGUAUCAGUGUGAUGGAGAACGGUAUUGUUGGUAAUACUGCUGUUAUAUUGUCUUUUGUAAUUAAAUUUUUUACUGUCAAAAUUUUAAGUUUUCAUGGCAUUUUUAGUAAUAUGAUGACUUUCGGGUUGUCAGCCGUGUCAGGGCCUGAGGAUGAGAACACAUUAGCGGUUUCGUUACCAGCUCAAUUUGACAUGGCUGACGACCCAAAAGUUAUCAUAUUACAUUUUUCACUGCUCUUUUGGUGGUAUAUUGAGGAUUUGAGACGUUCGAAUGAUUGUAAGGAAAUCAAGUGUAUUUAAAUGAGGAAGAAGUGUGGAUUGUAUCUGCUUAUCAGAAUCAUGGUAUAGAAUUUUGAUUAUCCAAAAUUAACCAAACUUAAUUCAACAUGAACAUGUAAUUUUGUGUUUGGAAAGAGAGAAUUUAAAAUUUGAGUGUAACCAUUUUAUGUGGACAUUUUGCUAUUAUAUUUUGUCUAACUCUUAUGUAUGCUCUUAUCAUGGCUUAAUGUAUUUCUGUCAUAAAAUUUAAAAGUUAAAUAUUUAUAUCAUAUGAUGCUUAUGAAUCAAAGGUGCUAUUAAUGCAAGGUCCAUGUCGGCCAUUUUUUGAUAUUAUACACAAAAUAUCCACUUCACACAUUCAUUUGCAUACAGUUAACAUUGAAUUAGAUAUGGUAGAAUGAUUAUAUGUGAUGAACUAGGCAGGAUGGGAAAGAAAGUGGUAGUGGCCUAUUUUAAGGUAUAUUUAUGGCAAUCAUCUGGAUGAAUUGAGGAAAACAAUGGGGGAUCACAGAGUAAUCCACCCCUGGAAAUAAUUUGAACUGGAGAUCUUCCAUAUGUUAAUUAGACUGUCUUAAUUUCUUCGUAAUGUUUAUUGAUCAUCGUCAUUUAAUUACGUAGUUCCUGAUAAAUUUAGUGUCUUGUAAAGCCAAUUCAUAUUUGUCACAUUUGUAGGUGCAUUCGCAGCUUAAAUUUGCAAAUAUGUGCCUAUUAGCUUCACAAUGUCUGUCUGUCUUUCUGCAUGUAACAAUUUGAGAAUCACACUGAAUGGAUUUCCAUGAAAUUUGAUAUUUAGAAUUUUCACCAAAUUUUUCUAAAUACAUCACAAUUUUAGUUAAAAUCUGACAAUAUUAUGUGCUGUACAUGGAUAUUUGAUGUGGUCACAUUGCUUUAGGUUUCCUGCCCAAAAUUUGGUAUGUGAUUAUCAUCUCUUCCGUGCAUGAUACAUAAACUGUACUUGGGUGAAAUACAGUGUUAUGUAAGUAAAAACUUUAUUUUUAUUGAGCGGAAUUUCAUGGCUGUCAAUGUGGCAAUCAUCUGACAAAGUGCAACAUGAAUAGUUAAUGUUCACAGGAGACCAUCAAGUUCUAUUAACUGACUCCAUUGAGGAAACUUCCUAAGAAGUUAAUAGUACAUUCAUCUGGUCGCAAAAUUGCCUGCCUUUUAUGUGACCUAAAGGUUCAUCGCCAUGUUCAUAAGAGCCAGUUGGUCAUCCAUACCGUGUGUCAGAUCGUGUCUGUCCCUUACGUAAUUUACGUGGUGAUCUGUCCUAUAUUCACAGUGGACAGUUUUACAGUACAAAAAUAUGUAUCUCAAAUCUUGUAUUUAAAUACCAUAAAAUGUUUAUCUGUGAUUGAUUCAAUAAUUUUUCAGAUACGCAAACUUGUCAAAAGGCCUACAGUUUUGAGGAACAUACAAAAGUAUUAAAUUAUCUUAACUUGUACAUAUUUCUUGCCUUUGUUUGUUUUUUAAUGUACUAGCUUUUGCUAGUUUCCUGAACAUAAAUACAAUAGAGUCCCGAUCAUCCAACAUGCGGUUAUCCAAAAUAUUCGUUCCGUUUUAUCUGACGGGUCAGAAUGCUCCAUUUUAUCAGCGGUCAACUCGGCGUGUAGAGGAAUGAAUUACACUCGCCCACCGCGCAACUUCUACAUUUUAUGUACUCUGCUGCUACAGACGUUCAACUGUUCAGGCAACGGCAUGAUCUUGCCGCAAAGAAAAACGAGGAGGCUCAGAUAUAAAUACCCAUUACUAAUUUCUUAGAAAGCAAACUCUUUCAUUUACAUAUCUGCAUUAUGUUAAAUACUGUUUUUGUUUGUGAGUUGUUAUAUUUGAUGCCAUAGCUUAUUUUCUUUGUAAUUUAAUAAUAUAAAUUGAGUUAUGAACUGGGUUGAUAUUUACCAUUGUCUUUUACAUUAGUCUUUCAUAUUAUCUUACAUUUUUGAUUACCCAUUUAGAUUAGAUAAUCGGGACUAUACUGUGUAUGGAAUUGUAUUUACUGUGUGAGUUUAGUGUUUAUUUUAACGCAAAUAAUAUGGUAAAACACUUUGUCAGUGCCAUUUUGUAACAACAGUUUACGUAAAGUGAUUUACAAGAAAGUAGCACAGGGGUAGAUAAUCCAGCAUUUGAAUAUUUAACUCAGUGGUCCCCAACCUUUUUGUGCCUACGGGCACAUUUGAGAGUUUAUGAGAUCGUGGCAGACACCAA